AUGCUGUGGGACGAGGCGUCGACGGUUAUUCAGGCGCAUCAGCAUAGUCGGCGUAGGCCGAGCCGGUUGGAUGCGGUCAAAGUUGAUAGCCUCAAAGAGGAUCCCUGGGAGGGUGCGCAUCCGGUAGACUGCCACGUAGUGCAGGCCCGAGGAGUGGGCCCGCUCGCUGAUAUUGAGAACCGCCUGGUCCACAGCAAUGCCCUGGGCCUUGUGUACAGUGAUUGCACACGGCAGGCGAGUCAUCGGGCCGGCAGUUCUAAUCAGGCUAAGCCAAGGGUAUGCUUCGGCACAAUUGCCGAAUUUGGUCAGCUUUGUGGUGUCGACUUUCAGAGGUGGUGUCUCGUUGAACGACCACCCAUGUCACGGCAUGUGACAGAGGAUCGUAGUUGGAUGUCCACACUUGGCCGCCAUAUAUUAGUCUCUUCUUCUGCAGACGCUGAAUCACGACCUCCUGGGGAAGGUCCGCGUGACAAUGUCGUCGCCGGGGCCGUUUGGGGGUUCAUCCAGGGAAUGCAGGUGGAUUCGGGGGCUGGCUUCCCGCCAACCCCUCCCCCCGCGCCCCUAGCCCUUGGACAAGCCGCCGCUGAUGAUAUAACGACUUUCCCCACCUCCUCGUCUCGGGCCUUUUGA